AGGCUGACCGAGCAUCAGUCAUCGCUAACUGUGUGAGCGAAGAAAAUGAAGCUGCCUUGGCUCGUGAUGCCUCUUCUAACUUUACAGUUUUGUGGAGUUGAUUUCAGCGUGGCCGGAUCAGGUAACAAUAAAGAUAUGGAAUAUGUAAAUUUGUGUUGUGCUGGACUCACAUUGCAUGACCGAAUGAAUCUCAGGAGUUCCCAUUCAUCCUAACUAGCUAGACCAGUUAACGUUCGCUAACAAACUAGCUAGCAAGUAGAACCAACUCAUUCCAUGCAAAAUAUUUUUUUUUGGCAGAAAUCUUAGCACAAUAUUGGAUACAGAUUUUUCCAAAUGCACUCCAUUCAAGAAGAAGCAAUUUGAUUAACUGUGUGGCUCAAAUUGUAACUUUAGCUAAGGUUAGUUAAUGCAAUGCAACAGGUCUGUUAGUUGUAGUAACGUUAGUUCGGAUCACCCUAACCUUUCCCAGCCUGGUCUCAUAGACUAUACGUAACAUACUAAAUAUAAAUCCGGCGUACCAAAUUAGUAAAUUACAGUAUGUUACGUUUGGUAUGGUUACAUAAGAUAGAAGGUUACUUAAGGCAAAAAUGAAAGGAGUGUUGGCGUAUAACGCAAACGUCGAGCAACCCAAAGGUUGUGUGUUAGAAUCUCAUCAUGGACAAUUUUAGCUAAUUAGCAACUUUGCAACUACUUACUACUUUUUAGAUACUUUAACCCUAACCCCUAACCGCUAGCUAAAGUUAAUCACCUAGCUAAAGUUAGCCACCUAGCUAACGUUAGCCACAACAAAUUGGAAUACAUAACAUUUCAUAUGAGUUGCAAUUCGUAACAUAUCAUAUGAAUUGUAAUUCGUAACAUAUCAUACGAAAUGAAGCGUCUCAGAUUGAUGUACAGAAUAAUACGAAAUGCUCUGAGACCAGGUUGCCUUGUCUCUUUUAAAUACUAGUGUGCAGUUUAUCCCGUAUUUACAACCCAAGGCAGUGUGUAAGUAGCCUUUGCCACAGGCUUUCAGUGUGUAAGCAAUCUUGCACAUUGAUCUGUAUUUCAGUAGUCCAGGAAGAGCAUGCUCUUUGCCUAACAAGCUCUGUUUUAUUAGGUAAUGGUGACAGGUGGCAGAUAUACCUUGAAAAGAUCACCAAAGCCACACAACAAUACAAGCCUUGCAGCCCAAACAACUGCAGUUGCCAUCUCAGGUAAUGCUUGCAGGAGAACCGAUGUUGCUCCCUAUGAAAACAGUAUUGCUAUACAAAAGGCUUUCAGCUUUUUAACAAAAAGCCAUUGGUUGCCUUGUUAGAGCAGAUCCUUCAUUUUCUCUCAAUUGUCCUCAAUCCAUCCAGUGUCUUGAAUGAUGACCUACGACCUUUCAGAGGGGGAGUGUCUGAGGAGCUCAUGGCGGAUACGCUUCGUCGUGGCGUGGGCACCCAUUACCAAAUUAUUAAUGGUAAACUGUAUCGGGAACAGAACUGUAUGUUCCCAGCCAGGUGAGGAAACAAAACAAUCUGUGUUCACCAGUGGAGGCUGGUGGGAGGAGCUAUAGGAGGACGGGCUCAUUGUAAUGGCUGGAAUGGAAUAAAUAGAACGGUAUCAAACACAUCACACAUAUGGAAACCACAUUAAUUCCAUUCCAGCCAUUACAAUGAGUCUGUGUACACUCUGAGUUUGUGUGUGCAAAUGUUUCUUAUCAAGCUUAGAAAUCGGACCCUGGUUUUGUACGAGAAAUGUGGUCCAUUAAUUAGUGGUCGAUCAUUUAGUAACAUUUAUUAUCUUUAGGCCUAUAUCAGUAGCGAGCUAGUUAAUAUGCUACAGUCAUCCUGUCUCUCUGGUUGGUUUAGGUGUAGUGGGGUGGAGCACUUCAUCCUGCAGGUGAUUGACAAGUUGCCAGACGUGGAGAUGGUGGUGAACGUGCGGGACUACCCUCAGGUGCCAGGCUGGGUGCAGCCUAUCCUGCCUGUCCUGUCUUUCAGUAAGGUCAGCUCUGCGACCAUGCAUGUCCUCAUCACACACACAACAGUGUUGCUUGUUUCUGUUAUUUAGAAAAAAGUUUUUACUUUUGUAAAUUAGUGAUAUUUGUUGGAUGUAGUAAAAGAGACUUGUCCAAUGUGAUGGCAUUUGUUAGUGUAAAAUGAAUGUGUGUUUGUGUUGUGUGCAUUUAGACUGCUAACUACCAGGACAUAAUGUAUCCUGCCUGGACGUUUUGGGAGGGGGGCCCGGCGGUAUGGCCCAUAUAUCCCACUGGACUAGGACGAUGGGACCUCAUGAGGGACGACCUUAAAAAGUAGGUUUGACCUCCUUGUGGUGCAAGGAAACAUUUGUAUUUUAUUAAUGCUGCCAGAUAAUUUUCUGUGUUAUUCACGAACACUCUGUUUGUGUUAGAUCGGCAGCACGGUGGCCCUGGAAUAGGAAAGAGUCCAGAGGAUUCUUCAGAGGCUCCAGGACUAGUCCUGAGCGGGACCCCCUGGUCCUUCUGUCCAGAGAGGCUCCAGACCUGGUGGAUGCUGAGUACACCAAGAACCAGGCCUGGAAGUCUGAGAAGGUCAGUCUGGAACUACCAAUGCAAAUGUCUGUGUGACAGUGGCUUGAAGGCACUGAGAGCAGUGCUAUGUUUGUCAACCGCAAUAUCAACAACUGUUCAAUAUCCUCUUAUUUUUUCUUAGGACACGCUAGGUAGACCACCAGCUAAGGAGAUUCCCCUGGUGGAGCACUGCCAAUACAAGUAAGAACAAGAUAUUAUGGUGGAAUUGCAUUGAGCUUUGGUUUUGUUUAUACUGUGUUUUACAUCAAGUACAUAGAUGUGGCUUCACUCUCUGAGGCUCACUGGCAUUUUCCAGGUCAGCCUGGAUGAAAUUAGACCCAUUUAAAAAAGUUUUUUGCUUCAGAGAUUUUUAGAUUGACUGAGAAAACAUGGCCCUGGUUUUCAUGAGUUGAGAGGGAAACUUCCGUUACCUGUUUGAGGUCAGAGUUAAUUAACCCUGGUUAUUUAUCUUAAACCUUCAGCUAUGGUAUAAAACAGUACAGGUGUACAUUGUCAGCUUCAGAUACAUUUGCACGUGAGGCCAGGGCUCCAAAUCAUUAACUCACCAUUGUGGUCCCAUCCGUUGCAGACUACCAAUUACAAAGGACAGGGUUAACUUUUUCCUUACCCUGUACACAAUGACUACCUCAUCAUCUGACCUCUAACCCCUCAGGUACCUGUUCAACUUCCGGGGCGUGGCGGCCAGCUUCCGCCUCAAGCACCUGUUCCUGUGUGGCUCUCUGGUCUUCCAUGUUGGGGAGGAGUGGCUGGAGUUCUUCUAUCCCCAGCUGCUGCCCUGGGUACACUACAUUCCUGUCAAACAGGACCUCUCUGACCUCAGGUGACCUCUCUGGCUUGGCUGUGUAUCAUAACUGUUCACCUGUUCAACUGUCGACUUGCUCCAUGGGUAGUGUAGUGGAAUAUGUGGGUUUUCUAUUAUCUGAAUGUGCUCUAUUAUAUCUAUAGUGAUGUCCUCCUUUUCUGUCUUUCCAGGGAACUGCUACAGUUUGUGAAAGAAAACGAUGACGUCGCUCAAGAGAUUGCCGUUAGGUAACAAGCUGGGAUAUGAACUAGAAAAAAUGGCUAUAGUUAAUGUAACCAGUCUGUCUUCUUUCUCACAGCUUGUACAGCAGCAUGCUAAAUAAUCAGACUAUUGAUAUUGUUGAUUUUUGUUAGUUGACUAAUCUCUGCCUCCAGGGGUCAGCGGUUCAUCCUGGACCACCUGAGGAUGGAGGACGUGUCGUGUUACUGGGAGAGACUCCUCACUGAGUUUGGUGGGCUGCUCAAGUACAAACUCCAGAGGAAGACUAACUACAAUCAGGUCAUCCACAAGCAUGGGAGGACAGAACUGUGACAGAGUCAGGGGGGUCACUCUGUAUGGAAUAUAUGGAGGCAGCUCCAGUCCAUAGAUAGCUGCAGAUUGAUAUUUGUUCACACUGCUUAUUAAUGUCACUAUUGCUGGUCUUAGAAUGAGGAAUUACUGGUCUUCACAUUUAGGCUGUGGUCUCCCCAUAGAUUCUCCAUAGGGUUAGAUGUAAUGGAGUACCUUUUAAUGUAUUGUGUUAUAGAAGAUUUAGGAGCUGAAAAACGCUAGGAGAAGAAAGUGGCUAUUUGGGAUUGAAAUUGCCAUUGGGAUUAGCACACAGAAAGAGUAGCAUACUGUAUAUAUUGCUUCUAUUGCACAGUUUACAGUUUGUAUUUAGCAGACCUGGGUUCAAAUAAUGUUUAGGGUAUUAGAAUUACUUUCAAAUAUAUUUGGAAGUAAUUAUUUCAAUAUUUUUUAUUUGAAAAGACAAG